GGCUGGAGGCCUGGGAGACUGUGGGCCGGUUGCUAUGGAGACCCGCCCGCGGUAUCCCGGCAUGCCUGGACACCAGGGGUUCAAUUGUAAGCUCCGCAACCGGCGCCUCUUGAUGACGUACACGGAAGCGUCGGCACCUCCUGGAGAAGGAGGGACCUGCGCAGCUCUUUCCGGGAGGCCAACGGCGGCGGCGUUUACAGCCCGGGUCCGACAGCUCUCGAGGAGUCUCCGACGUGAGGCCGGAGGCCCCAGCCCCUACGAGCCCAGAUGCCCAUCCAGCCUCCAGGCAAAGAAACAGAAGAAAUGGAGGCAGAAGGCGACUCAGCAGCUGAGAUGAACGGGGAGGCGGAUGAGAGCGAGGAGGAGCGGAGCGGCAGCCAGACGGAGUCAGAGGAGGAGAGCUCAGAGAUGGAUGACGAGGACUAUGAGCGGCGGCGCAGUGAGUGUGUCAGUGAGAUGCUGGACCUGGAAAAGCAGUUCUCAGAGCUGAAAGAGAAGUUGUUCAGGGAACGGCUGAGCCAGCUGCGCUUACGACUGGAGGAAGUGGGGGCCGAGAGAGCCCCCGAGUAUACAGAGCCUCUUGGAGGGCUGCAACAGAGUCUAAAGAUCCGCAUUCAGGUGGCAGGAAUCUACAAGGGCUUCUGUCUGGAUGUGAUCAGGAAUAAAUAUGAGUGUGAACUCCAGGGAGCCAAACAGCACCUAGAGAGUGAGAAGCUGCUGCUGUAUGACACGCUCCUUGGGGAGCUGCAGGAGCGGAUCCAGAGGCUGGAGGAGGACCGCCAGAGCCUGGACAUCAGCUCUGAGUGGUGGGACGACAAACUGCAUCCCAGAGGCAGCUCGAAGACCUGGGACUCGCUGCCCCCCAGCAAGAGGAAGAAAGCGCCUCUCGUUUCUGGCCCAUACAUUGUCUACAUGCUGCAGGAGAUCGACAUCCUGGAAGACUGGACGGCCAUCAAAAAGGCUAGGGCAGCAGUGUCCCCUCAGAAGAGAAAAGCAGAUGGCCCCUGACCCUGUGUUUACACUCAGAGGGUCCUUGGAGCAGCUGGUACCAUGCACGGGACUAACGUUUUCUGCAAAGGCAGGGGUUGCCAGUCUUACUGCUGUCCCCCGACCCUCUGCCAACACUGGCCUGGACUCUUCUGCUGUCCUUGGGAUCGGCAUAGCUGUGGCUCUGAAGCUGACCUGGCCAAGCAAGACUGUUAUCUCCAAUCCUGACCAGCCCACCACCUCCUCCUCCUCAGUGUCCCCCAAAGAAGAUGGACUUCAUCCAAAGCAGCAACCCUCCUGACUUUCAACCCUACCCCCAGCCACUAAGCCAGGAGCUGGGCCCCACUGCAGGAGGAACUCCUAAAAAAAAAAAUCUGUCGGAGUCUUGCCCAUCCUAGCUGCCGCUGGAGAUGCAGCCUCCCAGUCUUUCUCAGGGCCAUUCCUGGUGUCUGCCUCCAAGAUUCCAAAGACUGGAAUAAAACUCAUCCUGAUAGCUUGACAUGA